CCUCUCUCUCUCUCUCUCUCACAGCUGGAGCCGCCCAUGGCUUCUCCUUGGUCUCGGAUCGCAAUUCCUCUCCGCCGUCUCCUCUCCUCUCAACCGCCCUUCCGCCUCCUCUCCACCGCUGCCGCUAAACCUGAACCAUCUCCCGAGUCCUCCGAAUCCUCACCAAAGGGCAACAUCAAUGGCGACGAUGCGAUAUUCGUGAAGGGGCCGUCGUCAAUGGGGUCGGCGACGCGAGAUGGUACGUCGGUGACCAUGCCCAUGUCCUUCAUGACUGGCUCCAUCGUUGGCAAGCGCUUCUACAAGGAGGUCACUACAAGACUGGCCGAGGAUGGAAAUGGGUGGACGGUGAUGCUGGACUAUAGAACCCUCAAGACGCCGUCCAAAAGGCAGCUCAAACUCCCCACUCUCGCCCUCGCCAAGGCCAUUGCCGCUGAGUGGGAGUACCAGCAAGCAGAUGGGAUCAGGCCCUUCACAAUGCCGAUGAUGAAACUUGCUUGUACUGCUCUAGAAAGAGUUCCACUUACACGGAAUAAAGUCGUUGAAAAUUUGAUGAAGAAAUUUCAUCAAGAUUUGGUAUUUUGCCGAGCUCCUGGGGAUAGUGAUCUGACAAGAAGAGUUUAUGAAAGGCAAGUGGAGAAAUUGGACCCUAUACUUGACUGGGUACAAACUGAGUUUGGAUUUAAACCAACUGUUCAUUCCAGCUUUUUUGGUGUGAAGCAAGAGGACUGUCUUGUUAAAGUUAUUGAAGAUGUUUUGAAGCGAACUACUGAUUAUGAAUUAGCAGCUAUCGAUGCAAUGGCUGCCGCUUCACAUUCUUUAAUCAUUCCUCUUGGAAUGUUUCAUGGGAGGUUGGGGAUUGAGGAGGCCAUUGAACUGAUUAGGCUUGAAGAAGAUCUACAGGUUGACAGGUGGGGCUUAGUUGAAGGUGGUCAUGAUGUUGAUAUUGCUGAUCUCCAGGUGCAAAUUUCCUCGGCGGCUGUGUUUCUUGGACUUUCUCGGAAACUUUAAAUAAUUCACUUAAUAGUUAAGAAGCACUGAUUCAUCAGUUCAGAAUAUGGAUUUUGGGUUGUUACAGUAUGAGCCACAGCAUAUCAUGUAAUGCAUGAAUUUUGACAGUUUGAUGCAUUUGUAGCAAUAAAAGCAUCCAUUAUCAAUGGCUUUUUUCA